AUGGCUGUGGCGACGGUGAACCUCCGUGCCGUGACCUCCUGGGUGGGCAUCGCCCGGCUCUGUGCCAUCGUUCUGUCCUGCACUGCCUUCAGCUUGGUGGCCUCCACGGGGCACUUCGGGACUGCCUACGGGACAUGGUGCAUGUUCACCUGGUGCUUCUGCUUCGUCGUGACGCUGCUGGUGCUCGUGCUGGAGCUGCUGGAGCUCUACCCCAAGCUGCCGCUCUCCUGGGAUGACUUCACCUCGGCUUUCUCCAUGUUGGCGGCAUUGAUGGUCUUCACCACCUCGGUGGUCUACCCCUCCACCUUCAUCGGUAGCCCUUGCACCAGCUACUGUGCCCAGAAGGCCGUGGCCACCACCGCCUCCUGCCUCUGCUUCCUCACCUACGCCCUCGAGGUGGGGCUCAGCCGCGCCAAGCCGGGGGACAUCAGCAGCUUCCUCUCCACCGUGCCCGGGCUCCUCAAGGUCUUCGAAGUCUACGUGGCCUGCCUCAUCUUCUCCUUGCUGGAUACAUACAAUUUGCAAGCCGGCCUGCAGUGGUGCGUGGCAGUAUACUCCAUCUGCUUCAUCAUCACCUUCCUCAUCAUCAUCUUCACCAUUGGCCGGUGCCUCAGCUACAUUCCCUGCCCCCUGGAGAAGAUGCUUGUGGGCUACAAUGCUCUGGCCCUGCUGAUGUACAUCACCGCCACCAUCCUCUGGCCCUUCUACAACUUCAAGGACAAGAACCGCCCCAACCCCUGUGGCAGUGAGUGCCCCUGGAACAAGCACCUGGCGGUCACCUUCCUCACCAUCUUCAACCUCAUCGCCUACUUGGUGGACCUGAUCUACUCUACCAGGAUGGUCUUCAUCAGGGCCCCUUCAUAA